ACUAUUUUGUCGGACUAAUUAAUGAUUGAAUAUGGGGAUGGAUGCAGUCUUAUUUGCCGGAAAAAACACCAAAAGGACUGGUGAAGCUGAGAGCAGAAGACCUUGCAAAUCUGAGAGGCGAAAAAUUAUCAAAUGGAUCGAUAUCGGUAGAUAGAAAGGAGCGUAAGGCAUUUGAAAGAAUUUAUGAUUACGACGUGUACAACGACCUCGGAAAGCCCGACCAAUCAAUGGAUUUGAAAAGGCCUGUUCUUGGUGGUACAGAGUAUCCUUAUCCUCGACGUUGUAGAACUGGUCGUCCUCCUAGUGACAAUGAUCCAGCAUCAGAGAAAAGGUUUGAAGCAUGGUUUUAUGUUCCACGAGACGAAGAAUUUUCAGAGAUAAAGCAAAAGAGUUUUGAUCAACCAGGGAAAGAGAAAUUGUUGGGACAAUCUUCUUUCUCUGACCUCCCUCAAAUUGACAUUGAAACGCCUUCCGCUGCUUCCAAAAUUAAUCUUCCAUUUGAGAUAUCAUCCCUAGUUUCCUCUCAUCAAUCACCUCCUCUUAAUUCAUUAGACGAUGAAUCCAGUAGUUUCCUUGUACCUCUACCUCCACGGCCAGAGUCCCAUAAGAGAGACCCAUACAAUUGGCUGAGUGACAUUGAAUUUGCUAGACUCACACUUGCUGGUCUAAACCCUUACUCUAUACAGCUAGUCAGAAAUUUGCCGUUUAAGAGUAAACUUGACGUGACCAAAUAUGGACCUCCAGAUUCAAAAUUCACCUUGACACGAGUUCAAGAAUUACUUGGAUGUCGCAUGAAUGUUGCCGAUGCAUUAAAAAAGAAAAGAUUAUUUGUAUUGGAUUACCAUGAUACUUUAAUGCCAUAUGUACAAAAAGUAAGAGAAAUUGAGGAUAAGACACUAUAUGGAUCAAGGACCUUGUUCUUCCUAAACUCAGAUGACACUUUGGUGCCACUGGGUAUUGAGCUGACUCGACCUCCAAUCAAAGGAGAUCCUAAACAAUGGAAAGAAAUUUUCCCACCAGGCACUAAUUCCACAGAUGUGUGGCUAUGGAGGCUUGCGAAAGCCCAUGUCCUUUCUCACGAUUCUUGCAUUCAUCAACUUGUUAUUCACUGGCUUAGAGCUCAUUGUUGUAUGGAGCCAUAUGCAAUCGCUACAAAUAGGCGAUUAAGUACGAUGCACCCGAUCUAUAGACUAUUGCAUCCUCAUUUUCGGUAUACUAUGCGCAUAAAUGCAAACGCUCGUAAAAACCUCAUCAGCGCCGGUGGCAUCAUUGAAGAUACAUUUUCUACUGCAUCUUAUUCAGUGGAACUUAGUUCUUUAGCGUACAAAGAGUGGAGAUUUGAUUUGCAAGGACUCCCUGAUGAUUUAGUUCACAGGGGAAUGGCGGAAAGAAAAACAGAUCCAUCAGGUCGUGAUGUUUUUGAGUUGACCAUCAAGGACUACCCUUUCGCAAAUGAUGGUCUCCUAUUAUGGGAUGCUCUAUGGCAAUGGGUGACAAAAUAUGUGAACCACUAUUAUGCUGAUGCUGAGAAUGCAGUAAUUAAUGAUGAAGAGCUGCAAGCUUGGUGGAAAGAAAUUCAAGACAAAGGGCACCCAGAUAUAAAGGAAGGAUGGCCUAAAUUAGAAACCAAAGAACAUCUCAUUAAGAUUGCAUCAACCAUAGCAUGGGUAGGAAGUGGGCACCACGCAUCUGUCAACUUCCUUCAAUAUGCAUAUGGAGGCUAUAUACCCAACCGACCCAGUAUUGCAAGGGCCAACAUGCUCACAGAGAACCGCAGUGUAAGCGGUCGCAAAGAAUUUCUAAACCAACCUGAAGAGAAGUUGAAAAAACUCUUUCCUACAGAAGACCAAGCUACCAAGGUGAUGAAGACUAUGUUUUUGUUGUCAAUGCAUUCUCCUGAUGAGGAGUACAUUGGGGAUGACAUAGAGCCAGCCUGGGAUCUCGACCAAUCCAUAAGUAAUGCCUUCGAAGAGUUUAAAACAAAAUUGAUGAUGCUAGAAAACAAGAUCGACGAGCUUAAUCAGAAUGAAGAUUUGAAGAAUAGGAAUGGAGCUGGGAUUAUACCUUACGAAGCUAUGAAACCACGUUCAAAUCCUGGAAUCACUGGAAUUGGAGUUCCAUACAGCAUCUCCAUUUAAACAUAGCCUCUUCAUAUUGAUUUCCUCUCUUCUCAUUCCUACCAAUAACAUGGAUUUUUCCAUUUUGUUUGUGUGUGCUCUUUCUUCUUGCAGUUUUUCUUUUCUCUAAAUAUUAAAAACAUAUGUGAUCAGUCUAUUUUAAGUGUGUUUUCCUUUUUAAUUAAGUACUAUAGUAUGUGGGUCUCCUUUACGUCCAAUAUAAUAUGUCACUGUUAUUCCAUGUUUUUAAUUAUAAAAUAAAUCAGGAAGCAAAUGCAUUCUUGAGACUUCUUC